CAAGUUUUGAUCUAAACCUCUAGCUUACUUUUCUGCCCAUUAUGAUGACAACACAAAGUAAUAUAUCCAGCUCUGCACCUACCGAUGACGUUCCCGUUCUCCCCGAGUAUGAAUCCCACCACUUGAUCGAAGGGCUUCGGGAAUUUGCAUUGGAAGAUGUUGGAACAAAGGGGUGGAUGAAACAGCAUCAAGUUAUUGAGCGAUUGAAUAUGCAGGCCCAUUAUAAUACUCAGAAAAUGAACGAGGAGUUUGUCACUGAGGGUCUCAUAUUGGCUAACAAGAUUAAAACGAUUGUCCACGAUCUGUUGCUGAUUGAUGCGUGGAAAACUCGAAUACUGCCUCUGAUUCAAAGUAAAAUUGAGCGAGCGAAUACGCUGAAGCUAUACUUUAUUAUCUACCACGAAGCAACCGUGCUCAACCUCCUUGAGAUUGUGUUAUUUAAUUCUGCGGCAUGUGAAGCGGGUGCAGAUGCAUUGGUUGAUUUAGUGGAUUAUUGCGCAAAAAAGAUUGGAGCUUUGGGUAGCUGGGACGACACGCAGGCCAUCGAUGAAGAUCAUCCACUGGCCAGCGCGCAAACCACGCUUCCCUUAACAACUCACCUCUCGAGCCUCUCGCUCAUCCGACACCUAACGACCCAUCUGUCUUCUCUCCCGUACACCCUAACUACGCGGCUGCUGGGUAAACACGAUAUGAUUUGCGCUUUAGUAUGGGUUAUGGAACGCGCACCGUGGCAGAGGAGACGGCGGGAAGGGAAGGCAUGGAUUCUGGAGAGAUUUGGAGAGGGUGGUGAAUGGAGAAAGGUUGUGGGGGAAGAUGUUGAGAGGGUAACCGGAUGGGAAGCGCAGACAUGGCUAGCACUAUACAACUUGCUUCUUACCGAUGAAUGCCGCCAAAAAUACCAAUUCAACACCCACAACCAUGCGGUUGUUCUCAAACUCAAACCACACCUCACGGCAACCGUCCUCGACCAAAUUCCCCCAUUGACCUCCUUACUCCGAUACCUCGAAGAACUCUCCCUUUUCACUCCCCCCGAACCAGGGACAACCGGUACAUUGUUGACCGGAUUUGUGGAAGAAGUGCCUCUUGUCAUGGAAGGGAUUUUGCGGAAUGUGGACCUGGAAAAGAUUGGUGAGAGUACUUUGACGAGACUGGUAGAUGAUGAUGAAGAAACUGUCAAAGGACUUGCCGAAACAUAUACUCACCCGACACUCUCGACACUUUUGCCUGAUGCACCGAAAUGUGCCAACCCCGAUUGUCCAAACCGGUCAACGCAUACUGCUACACAACGGUGCUCGAGGUGUAAAAGCGAAUGGUACUGCUCGAGACCUUGUCAGGUCAAGAAUUGGGGUGAACAUAAAAAGGUUUGUGAUUUACUCAGGGCGGCUAUAUAGAUGCAAACAAAACGGGUGUAGAGUAACGUUGACAGCAAAGAAAAAUGUGACCGAUUCGUCAGAUAUAAAAGCUAUCUCACCUAUAUACAAAAAUUAUCAUCAAACAUUAACAGGCUUCACGUCAGACACCUUCUCGGUCUGAUAUUUAUCAUACAA